CUUCAAGCCCAGCCCCCUUUCCUGUCUUCACAUCAAGGAAAUAGGUUGAGCUUCAGAAAAACUUGCUGACGAGAGCGCACCAGGUCUUCUGGCCCAGAUACUGCCACUGAGCUGUCCAGGGUUUGGCGAGGCGCAGGGCCGCGCAACCCGCGCGGGGCGGCAGCAGCGAUGCCGGACCCCGCGGCACACCUGCCCUUCUUCUACGGCAGCAUCUCGCGCGCCGAGGCCGAGGAUCACCUGAAGCUGGCGGGCAUGGCCGACGGGCUCUUCCUGCUGCGCCAGUGCUUGCGCUCGCUGGGCGGCUACGUGCUGUCGCUCGUGCACGACGUGCGCUUCCACCACUUCCCCAUCGAGCGGCAGCUCAACGGCACUUACGCCAUCGCCGGCGGCAAGGCGCACUGCGGCCCCGCCGAGCUCUGCGAGUUCUACUCGCGCGACCCCGACGGGCUGCCCUGCAACCUGCGCAAGCCGUGCAACCGGCCAUCGGGGCUGGAGCCGCAGCCCGGCGUCUUCGACAACCUGCGCGACGCCAUGGUGCGCGACUACGUGCGCCAGACAUGGAAGCUGGAGGGCGAAGCGCUGGAACAGGCCAUCAUCAGCCAGGCCCCCCAGGUGGAAAAGCUCAUUGCCACAACGGCCCACGAGCGGAUGCCUUGGUACCACAGCAGCCUGACGCGCGAGGAGGCUGAGCGCAAGCUCUACUCGGGGGCGCAGACUGACGGCAAGUUCCUGCUGAGGCCCCGGAAGGAGCAGGGCACAUACGCACUGUCCCUCAUCUACGGGAAGACUGUGUACCACUACCUCAUCAGCCAGGACAAGGCGGGCAAGUACUGCAUUCCUGAGGGGACCAAGUUUGACACGCUUUGGCAGGUAGGCCACCCGCUCACCCUGUUCUGGGGGAGAUGCUGUACUUGGGGAGAACGGGAGCUCCUGCCAGCUGCCUGCUCCCCACAGCUAGUGGAGUAUCUGAAGCUGAAGGCUGACGGGCUCAUCUACUGCCUGAAGGAGGCCUGUCCCAACAACAGCGCCACCUCAGAGGCUGCUGCUCCCGUGCUCCCAGCCCACCCCUCCACCUUUACCCACCCUCAGAGACGGGUUGACACCCUCAACUCAGAUGGAUACACACCUGAACCAGCGCGCCUAGCAUCUUCAGACAAACAGCGGCCGAUGCCCAUGGACACGAGUGUGUAUGAGAGCCCCUACAGUGACCCCGAGGAGCUCAAGGACAAGAAACUCUUCCUGAAGCGUGAGAACCUCAUCAUAGCUGACAUUGAACUUGGCUGUGGCAACUUUGGCUCAGUGCGCCAGGGCGUCUACCGCAUGCGCAAGAAGCAGAUCGAUGUGGCCAUCAAGGUGCUGAAGCAGGGCACAGAGAAGACAGACAAGGACGAGAUGAUGCGAGAGGCACAGAUCAUGCACCAACUGGACAACCCGUACAUUGUGCGGCUCAUCGGUGUCUGCCAGGAUGAGGCCCUCAUGCUGGUCAUGGAGAUGGCAGGCGCAGGGCCACUGCACAAGUUCCUGGUUGGCAAGAAGGAGGAGAUCCCUGUCAGCAAUGUGGCCGAGCUGCUGCACCAGGUGUCCAUGGGGAUGAAGUACCUGGAGGAGAAGAACUUUGUGCACCGUGACCUGGCUGCCCGCAAUGUCCUGCUGGUCAACCGGCACUAUGCCAAGAUCAGCGACUUCGGCCUCUCCAAGGCUCUGGGUGCUGACGACAGCUACUAUACUGCCCGCUCAGCAGGGAAGUGGCCGCUCAAGUGGUACGCGCCUGAGUGCAUCAACUUCCGCAAGUUCUCCAGCCGCAGUGACGUCUGGAGCUACGGGGUCACCAUGUGGGAGGCCUUGUCUUAUGGCCAGAAGCCCUACAAGAAGAUGAAGGGCCCUGAGGUCAUGAACUUCAUUGAGCAAGGCAAGCGGAUGGAGUGCCCAUCGGAGUGUCCACCUGAAUUGUACUCACUCAUGAGUGACUGCUGGACAUACAAGUGGGAGGAUCGCCCAGACUUCCAGACCGUGGAGCAGCGCAUGCGGGCCUGUUACUACAGCUUGGCAAGUAAGGCCGAGGGCCCCCCGGGAGCCGAGGCUGCAUGUGGCUGAUCCCGAGCUGCUCAGAGACUGUGGACCCCAUUCCUGCUUUUCAUCUUCUACCCUCAGCUCCAUCCUAGGCCUUGAGUUAGGCGGGGGUCAGCUCAGUGCUUCUCCUACCAACUGGGCUGUGGCUGUUGCGUCUGAGACCUCAUUCCCUGUCUGUCCCCUGUCCUCUCUGCCUGGGGAACAAUGGAAGGCCCUGAGAAGGCCGGGCUGAAGGGGGAAGACCCUGGGAAUCCUCAGAUGGCAAGAAGUACAUCCUUGGAAUAAACUCAGCUUCUCUCGUU